CUGAGGGCGGGGACGGUUUUCACGGCUACACACUCAAUGAACUUUCACCCCUCCAACUGGUGUAUUGUUGUGAUUGAACAGGUUGUCUCUGCGUGUGAUAGCAGCUCAGUGACUCGACGGAGAGAAACAUUAACAACUAGUGCUUCUUGAGGAUUUACUGAAACGCGUACAGACGAUGUAAACAACGAGCAGCGCUGCUGACAAAGAUGCUUCCUCCUCCAAGAUAAGCUAAAGUGAGCUGUGAGGCUAAAGCAGAGUACGUAGCUGUGGUAACAACAUGACGGCGAUGAGGAGCGCUGUGUAGCAGCAGACCAGACAGCAGAGCUGCUUCUCACUCAUCCAGGAGAUCAUCCUGUCUUUGUGUCUGGAUACACUCAACCCAGCUGGUUGCAUUCAAUCCACAAGUUAUCUUCUCAGAGUAAUUCAAGUCAGUAGUGUUGGACUUUCUCUUCAAAUGGGUGAGGAAAAGCCGGACACGCUUGACUUUGUGAAGGAUUUCCAGGAGUACCUGAGCCAGCAGACUCAGCAUGUCAACAUGAUAUCAGGCUCCGUCAGCGGCGUCAAGGAGGCGGACGAGCUGCCACCAGACUGCAGUCAGAAUGGACUGGAUCACCCCUCAGUGGACAUGUCACUGGAGGACAACUCAGGGAUCCUGGUGGAUGGUUUUGAGAGGACCUACGACGGCAAGCUCAAAUGCCGCUACUGCAACUAUGCCACCAGAGGCACGGCAAGACUCAUUGAGCACAUCCGAAUUCACACAGGAGAGAAACCUCACCGCUGCCACCUCUGCCCAUUUGCUUCGGCCUACGAGCGCCACCUGGAGGCCCACAUGCGAUCGCACACGGGCGAGAAGCCUUAUAAGUGCGAGCUGUGCUCCUUCCGCUGCAGCGAUCGCAGCAACUUGUCGCACCAUCGCCGUCGACGCCACAAACUCCUGCCGAUGAAAGGCGCCCGCUCGCUUUCCCACAAGAAGAUGCUGAGUGUUUUGCAGAAGAAGGCCAGCUCGCUGGGCUACGGCCGCCGACUCCUCAUCAACUUCAGCCCCCCUUCUAUGGUGGUGCACAAGGCGGACAAUGUGAACGACUUCUCCCACGAGCUGCCCCACUUACGCCAGGAGACGUAUGAUAAUCAGGGUCGCGCGGUCGAGGAAGGGCACUCCACAAAUCAAAAUCACCAUCACCACGAUAUGGUUAUGGAUAACCCCCUGAAUCAGCUGUCCACCCUGGCGGGCCAGUUGGCCAGCCUCCCUUCAGAGUCCCAGAACCAGACUCAACCUCCCAUGUCUCCAGGAGCAGAGUCUAUCGUCGACGAGAAGCCCUUCCUCAUCCAGCAGCCGCACCCUGCCACAGCUCCGGUGGCUGUCUCAGCCAGCAUGGUUCAUGCCUCCUCCUCUUCCCCAAUCACUCCAGAGCCGCGGGCUCCUCCUCACAGCAGUUGCAGCCCUGGAGGGGGACCCUGCAGCGAGCACAGCGGGCGCACCAGUACCCCUAGCAUCUCCAACAGCCAACCCAGUACGCCGGCCCCAGGCCUGUCCGUCCCACUCCAGGACCCCCACAUGCUGCACCACUGCCAGCACUGUGACAUCUACUUCCCCGACAACAUCCUCUACACCAUCCACAUGGGCUGCCACGGCUACGAGAACCCAUUCCAGUGCAACAUCUGCGGCCACAAGUGCAAGAGCAAGUACGACUUUGCCUGCCACUUUGCCCGCGGGCAGCACAAGUGACGGGCGAAUGAGGAAAACUUUGAAAGGACUUUUAACGGACAGCCUUGUUUUAUUAAUUCCAUAGUAAUUUUAUUUAUUGGUCUUUUACUUGGCCUUGAUGUAGCCUGUAGCCUUUGAAAGUUGUACUUAUAAAAUGUCAACAUUCAGAUGGUUUCAUUUUGUAUAAUUAAAGGUGCCCAUUCAAGUGUAUUAUAAAGGGAUGAUCAGUGUUUUCAACAGGUUGAGAAUUUAUUUGGGGUGUCAUCACAGAAAAUCAGAUCUCAGAAAAACAACUUCCCUACUUAGCCAAACUUAUUAACCUUAUUUAUUACACGGCUUUGUUGAAUACUCAAUUCUGAUUGGUCAAUCACGGCGUUCUACAGUCUGUUAUUUCUUUAUAGCAGACCGUUGCUAUGAAUAGCAGACCGUUGCUAUGGGCGCAGUUCUGAUGUCGGACUCUACCGGACCGUUUUUGUGUCAAAAUAUUGAUUUCUUAAGCAAGUAGCCGUGUAAUAAGCGGGAUAAUGUACAGCUAGCGGGUCAUCGUUGUGAAAUAAACCCCUUCAGGGCGAUUGAAGACCCCUCUGCAUCGCCUUGUCGGGUUUAUUUCACAACAAUGAAAUAAAGGCCCUUAAUGUAAUAGGUUACUAAAUUCACAAUACUCCUUGAAUUUUGUUUGCCUGUUGGGUUUGCUUUUUGAAAAGACGUAGCUCAAAAAUUGAUUUCUGUUCAUACGUCGGAGCUUCUCUUCAGUAUGUGAGUUUAACAUUUCAAAUUUGUCUUUCAAAUGCAACACCAUGCAACACUAAGGUGGCAAAAUCAAAUAGGUACAAUUGUAUACAGUUUAUAUGGCCUCAUAUCGGGCUGAGGUGAAUGACAACCAGUGGCUACUGGAAGGAAUUCAUUCAGCAAUCUAAAAACAACUUGUGAAUUACCUCAGAAAAUAGUCAAUACUAAUGUUGCACAUACAGAACGUGUUGUGAAGUAGAAUGACUAACAGAAUACAGGUGUGAUCCUUUUCAGUAAAGUGAUAACACUCAUGCUACUCACACAGCAAAUCGUCUCUCACUCUCAAAAGCAUGUCCCUUUAUCAAAAAGACAGGAAACCAAAUAAAUUCUCAACCCUCCUGGAUCUCUAUCUACAGAUUACUCUGAUGAUACCGACACAGGAGUGAAACUGUUGGCCUAGAGUGAUCUUACUUAAGCCUUGUUGAAAUUAUUUCAGUGCUUGGUGCAUUACUACUAUUUCUUUGCAGUGCCUGACAUAGUCACUUUCUUGUGUGUCCAAGAUAGAGAGGACUGUUACUUUGAAGAUGAAUAGAUAUUAUUUACAAUAUCCUCUUCCUACUGUAAUGAAUAGGCCCAGAACCUUAGAAGAAAACAUUUUGGCCGUUGUGGUAGCCAUGAUUUUUUUUAGGGAUGCACCGAUCCGACUUGUUCAGCCCCCAUACAGAUACGUGGGCUUUGGAUAUUGGCCAAUACCGAGUACCGAUCUAAUACCAUAAUAAUAAUGAAUUAAUAGUCUGUAUGCCUCACUGUGUGGAAGUGACUGGGAUCAUCCUAUUCUGUCAAAGGCAGCAUCAGGCUGGACUUAAACAUUGUUUUCCUAACUUUGUAAAACAAAAUGUAUCAAAUACAUCGAUAUACAUUUUUAGUAUUGUAAUUACUAUUAUUCAAAUAAUAAACCGUACACCAGCAACUUGGUAAAAAAAAAAAAAAUUCAAAAUUAACAAGAAUUACAAUUCAAGUGUGGAGAUUUUUAAUGCAGCCACAAACUGGUUGAAACUUAAAAAUAAAUCCAAAUUCCAGUAUAUAAUGUAUAUAUAUAUAUUUCAGAAUUGAAAUGAAUAGAUUGGCCCCAUUUUCACCGAUACCGGAUCCAGCUAUUUGAGUCAGUAUCGUCCCGAUAUCUGAUCUGGUAUCGGUAUCGGUGCAUCCCUAAUUUUGUUUUUGCCAAAAUUCUGCUCCAUGAAUGCUGCUAAGAAACUUUCGAAUCAAAACUAUAUGGAUGGCAUCCACAGUAAAACCUGGCCAAACUAUAUAUCUCUAUGUUUUUUGGUCAGCCAGCUCAGUUGUCAAACUAGAUUUUGUAGAAGCCGGGUUGUUUUGAAGUUCCUUCACACAGUGCCCUUCCUAGACCAGCAUAAUGGUAACUUCACUCGUUUUGUUAAAAGGGUUUUGCCUAUCCUUUUAAUCACAUCAUAUCACGUUCUGAUGUUUUGAUAUUGUAUGAAGUCACUUUGAUAUCCAGUAUCUCCGUGUUUAGGACAGAAUCACCAAGUCUUGUGUCUCAUGUGAACACUUUUUUUCAGAAUUGCCACGUAGCACCGGGGAUGCCACGUUUUUAGCCUUUGUGAUAACACACGCUGAGACUCCCCCGUUCGUCUGAUGGAUCCCAGUGCUUUUCUGAAUAUUUACUGAGUAUUGUAUUCUGAGUCGUUGAAUAGAUGUUCAGUGUCAAAAAAGCAAAAUCAUCAAGUAAAGACUGCUACUUUAGCAAGAUUGUUCUUUGUCUUGGGUACUGUUGUCUGUUGCUUAGCAACAUGCGUGGAGAACAUAGUUACUGUUGUUAGGACCACAUCCUUGUUGCCAUGCUUACCAGUAACAGGGGCAUCCAGUAAUGACUGCCUUAUGUUCUCUCAGUGUGUCGUAGGUUCAUAGGUAACGGUGAAUGUUGCAGCCUGUUGGCGAUCACUCUCUCCCUCUGGGAUGGCAAAUCAUUUUAUCGUGAGAUGAUUAAUCUUACUAAUUUAUAAGUAAAGUGUUUUAUAACUGAG